AGGAAAGGGUGCUGCCUCGCAGUCCUAUGGAAAAGGCCUGUUGAAAUGCACAGAAGAUAUCAAAAGAUCAGGUGCAACAACUUUUCUCAAAUAUAAAAGCACUUGAUCUCAUUCAACCUUGGGGCAGGUUCUGAAAAUCAUUGAGGUUCUUUCAGGUGUGUGACUUUUCGUAUACAUUUUUCAUCAUUUUUCCACAUUAUGCCAAACGUAGUCGUCCGUUUGGCUGCAUCUCGCAUAUCCGGCUGGGAAGUGGUGAUUGAAUUGACCACCGACCACCUGACCUUUGCCGUGCAAACCUGCCUUAAACACUUUACCCACCUUCACAGUCACAAAGAGCAAGCGAAUCCUGAUCCUGCAGUCCUUUUUGACUGGACGAACGGUGUUGGCUGUCCCAUCGAGGUCCCUCAUGGGCAAGUUUCAUGGAAACUCGCGAUAUGUUUCUUUUUUUUUCAAGAGCGGAUUGGCAAAUAUGUACGGUUUGUUGUCAUAGCUGCUGGGACAAUGAUGUGCUGCGGGAUGAAGCAGACAAAUAAUAUACCACCAGUUAUAUAGGAGUAGGGUAGCAUCACAGUAGUCCGCAGUAUUAUCCUACUGCUUUUGCAACUCCAACUCCUGUUUUGAACCCUGUAAACUGAUGUACAUUGGCGAAGACCCUUCUUCAGGCAUGGGAAAUCCAACUGCAGA